AUGGCGACAGCCACAGAAGCCCCGGAGUCGUGGUACCUGGCCCUACUAGGAUUUGCAGAGCACUUUCGCACGUCGAGUCCGCCUAAGAUUCGUUUAUGUGUCCAUUGUUUGAAAGCCGUGUUUCAGUUCAAGCCGACCCAGAGGAUAGAGGCCCGGACACAUCUCCAGCUCGGCUCGGUGUUGUAUCAACACACCAAGAACAUCGAACUGGCCAGGACUCAUCUAGAGAAAGCGUGGUUCAUCUCCCAACAAAUCCCUCAAUUCGAAGAUGUCCAAUUCGAAGCAGCAAGUCUUCUGUCAGAGCUAUACUGUCAGCAGAACCUGGUGGACUCUGCCAAGCCACUGCUGCGCAAGGCCAUCCAGAUCUCUCAGCAGACGCCCUACUGGCACUGCAGACUGCUGUUCCAACUCGCCCAACUGCACACCCUAGAGAAAGACCUGGUGUCCGCAUGCGACCUUCUAGGGGUAGGAGCGGAAUAUGCAAGGGUCGUAGGCUCGGAAUACACCAGAGCACUUUUCUUAUUGAGUAAAGGAAUGCUGCUUCUGAUGGAGCGCAAGCUGAGCGAGGUGCACCCUCUGCUCACCCUGUGCAGUACUAUCGUGGAGAACUGGCACGGAAACCCCAUCCAGAAGGAGUCCCUCAGGGUCUUCUUCCUGGUGCUGCAGGUCACACAUUACCUGGAUGCCGGACAGAUCAAGAGUGUGAAGCCUUGCCUGAAGCAGUUGCAGCAGUGCAUCCAGACCAUCUCCACGCUGCACGACGACGAGAUCCUGCCCAGCAACUCGGCCGACCUCUUCCACUGGCUGCCCAAGGAACACAUGUGUGUGCUGGUGUACCUGGUCACCGUAAUGCACUCCAUGCAGGCCGGUUACUUGGAAAAGGCCCAGAAAUACACAGACAAAGCAUUGAUGCAGCUGGAGAAGCUGAAAAUGCUGGACAGCAGUCCCAUCCUGCCAACGUUUCAAGUCAUUCUCCUGGAGCACAUCAUCAUGUGUCGGCUGGUAACGGGACACAAGGCUACAGCUUUGCAAGAGAUCUCCCAGGUGUGCCAGCUGUUCCACCAGUCGUCUCGGCUAUUCACUAACCACGCUGCCCAGCUUCAUACGCUCCUGGGUCUCUAUUGCAUCUCCGUGAACUGCAUGGACAACGCCGAGGCCCAGUUCACAGCUGCUCUUCAGAUGACAACGCACCAGGAGCUCUGGACCUUCAUCGUGACCAACCUAGCCAGCGUCUACAUCCGGGAAGGGAACCGGCAGCAAGAGCUGUACAGUCUUCUGGAGCGCAUUAAUCCGGACCAAAACUUUCCCGUUAGCUCUCACUGUCUGCGAGCGGCAGCCUUCUACAUCCGAGGGCUCUUCUCCUUCUUCGAGGGGCGCUACAACGAGGCCAAGAGGUUCCUGCGGGAGACCCUGAAGAUGUCGAAUGCAGAGGACCUCAACCGGCUGACGGCCUGCUCUCUGGUGCUCCUGGGCCACAUCUUCUUUGUUCUAGGGAACCACAGGGAAAGCAGCAACAUGGUGGUUCCCGCCAUGCAGUUGGCCAGCAAGAUCCCGGACAUGUCGGUGCAGCUCUGGUCCUCGGCUCUCCUCAAAGAUCUCAACAAGUCGUGUGGGAACACCAUCGACGCCCACGAGGCCGCCCAAAUGCACCAGACCUUCUCCCAGCAGCUCCUGCAGGAUCACAUGGCGGCCUGCAGCCUCCCAGAGCACAACCUCAUCGGAUGGACGGAAGGUCUUCCACCGGUGCAGCUGCAGCCGCAGAAUGGACCCACCACGGGCCUCACCAGUCUGCUCUGAGAACGUCAAGGAGGCCUGGCAAUGCAAUCGGGCUGGGGGGCAAGUGAGGCAGAAUAAGAAGGUUAAUCUGACUCCAUACUAGGAGUUGGACAGACAUUGGACAAAGAGGGGGAUUUUUAUGAAUGGUCUCCCGUUGACCCAAGUUUAUAUAAAAAAAGGGGGUGCAUUACGUCACUACUGCUAGAUUUGAAACUGAGCAUGCAAGGUUUUGCAUACAGCCCAAUUAUAAUCUUGGGCAUGAUUUGAAUGGUUUUGUUAUCUUUCACACUGCCUGGCACCUCAAGAUACUGUUACUGUACAGUGACUCUAACAAAUAAUGUCCUUUUUUAAUUCCCUAGUAAUGGCGUGACCAUUGAGUAGUCUGUCCGACCAAAAUCAGUUAAGUUAUCCGAUGUAAAUACGUGACAUCGGAACCCAUGAUUGGAUGGGCUCAGAUGGGAUUUCCAUGUGAAUUGGAAAAACAAGGUUUCCCUUCCCUCUCUCCCCCCCCCCACACACCCCCCUAUGUCCUGAUACUCAGAACAGCAAUAACAAUGGCUAUAUUGCUAUCGUUACCAAGUCUCUAUAGAACCUCCUACAAAACAUCUAAAGUGUAUUUAGUAUGUUUCUUUGAUCACUUUUGAGGGAAGAAUGUGAUGAUAAAUCCGUGGAAUGAUGAAGUAUUCCACGUCUCGCAGACCAUCAUUAAUGCAACUCUAUUAUAAUAGAGCUGCUCAUGUAAUAGAGUAGACAUGCUUGGUGAGGCCAUCGCUCACCAUGUCCAGCAGUAGAUAUACGUAGGCCUAUCACAAGCUAUAUGGCUUGAUAGCUGUUAGUAGGACAAAGUUUUGAGACAAUUUCAGGUUUUUCAUUUUAUUGCCAGUUGCUCUUUUAAGCCUGUUGACUCUUUUUACCUGUGUUGUCUCGAGUGUGGUGCAUGUGUACAUAUCUCCUGGAUAAAUACAAUCGGUCAUGAAGUAUUUUACUAAAGUUUGCUUAAUUUAAGCCUUUUAACGAUUAACCUUUUACAUACUGUCCUUUCUUGGAAAUGAUUUACUUCAGUUCUACCCAUUGAUACUCAAAUCCCUGGUGGCACACAUUUGUUCUGUUUAAGAAUUUCUUCACUAAAUUGUGAUUACUGUUUACUACUAGUUCAUACUACUUGUUACAGUUUAUCUAUCGCUACAUAAAUGAAAUCUUUCUUGCCUUCCCAUACAAUUAUAACAAGAAAAGGCAUGGCUUAGUGACUUUAGGUUUAUCCAUGUUUCUUGUUAAUAUUGGAUAUCUCAAAACAACAUACUCCUUUUUUCUAUAUAUUUUACAUAAAAUGCAAAAAAAUCACAUUGUUCAAGCACAACUUGAUCAAUAUUUGUUGCUUUGUGUUACAGCACCACUGAUCAAAGUAAUAAACAGUUCAGAAUGUA